AUGAUGACAGCAAAGCCUUCUUCGACGGAAGAAAAAAUCCAAGACAAACAAACGGGCGCCCCGGAAACGCCGGCCAUCCCAUCGAUCGCUUUCCGGUGCGAGCUGUGCGGACUGAACGAGUCCUGCGACUAUCGGGGCCGUCGGCCACCGUUUGCGGCGAAGAUCGAGCUGCCGGAGGAUUGUUACGUAAUGCGGGAUCCGUUCGCACCACCGCCGAGUGCCGUACCGGACAAACCGGCCAGCGAACACUAUCUCAUCCUGGGCGCAGACUGCAACCUUUGCCGGCGGACCGUGUGCAAGGCGACCGAGUGUAGUUUCUUCUAUGGGGCCACAUUCUGCCGGCGGUGCAGCAUGGAGCGGGUGGUGGAGUUUCCGCUCGAGGUCCGGAGUAAAAUAAAGAAACAGUUCGCGUAA